AAAAACGAGGAAUGAUGACUUUAUUUUUACCGAAAAAGUUCUAGAGCCGGUUGAGGAGGAGGAGGUGGUUGACUUGAUCAAAAUAAGGUCCUGAAAGUGGAUAACAUGCGAGAAAAUAACUUUAUUUUUAUAAAAAAAAAGAAAGAGAACGCGCGAGAAAAACAAGAUGUGUAAAAAAAAAUCUCGAGAUGCACACGUGUCCAGGAUUGAGACAAGUGUAAAAGGAUACCCUUAUUUCUACCAAAAGGGGACACACACGGCCACUUAUUUCUUAAUUGUGUAAGUGAGAGAGCAAUUAACAAUUAACAAUUAACAAUUCAUAACCCAAACCAAAGUGGUUUCAUUUCAUUGCAUUGCACCAUUCAAUCGAUCAGAGUAAAAUGGUUAAUCGACGCUUCACUCAGGUAGCCACCAGCGACGAAGAUGAAGACGAAGCACCACCACAACCACCACCUCAGCGGAAUUCGAAGCUACGUAAUCGGAAGAGAAUGAAGCUUCUAGAUGAAGAAGAAGACAACGAUAGCGACAACAAUAACAAUAAAGAUAGCGACGAUGAUGGUCAGAAGGAAGAAGGAAAAAAUGAACCGCCGCAGACUGUAGAUGAUGCAAAACCAAUAGGUGAUCCAAUUAGGGUUUCUGGAAAAGGAAGAGGGAGGAAGAGACAUUAUGAAUCAUUUGAAUUCGAUGGAAAUCAAUAUUCUCUCGAGGAUCCUGUAAUGCUUGUGCCUGAGGAUAAAGAACAAAAACCAUAUGUUGCUAUAAUUAAGGACAUUAUACAGAACUUUAGUGGCAGCAUAAUGGUGUUGGGACAGUGGUUUUAUCGUCCUGAAGAAGCUGAAAAAAAAGGUGGUGGAAGCUGGAAGUCGUGUGAUACAAGGGAGCUUUUUUAUAGUUUCCACCGAGAUGAGGUUCCUGCAGAGUCUGUUAUGCACAAGUGUGUGGUGCAUUUUGUUCCCUUAAACAAACAGUUUCCAAAACGUAAGCAACAUCCUGGCUUUAUUGUACAAAAGGUGUAUGACACUUUGGAAAGGAAACUCUGGAAGCUGACUGAUAAGGACUUUGAGGAUGUUAAACAGCAAGAAAUUGAUGAACUUGUUCAGAAAACUCGAAAACGCAUUGGUGAGCUACUCGACAUUGAGCCUGAAGAAGCCCCUCCUGCUGAUCAGGAGGAGGUGACGAAAAAUAAAAGAAGCUUAAGGAGAAAGAGCAUUUCUCCCAUUGAUGUAUCAAGGGAGGAGGAAGGAAAUCCUAAAACUGACCAACAUUCAAAGCCUGAAACACCAGGGAGCUGUGUAAAUAAUGACUCAAAGUAUCAUCGCAUAUUAGUGAAGUUCAAUUCACUAACUGGUAACAUUCAUCGCGACAAAUGGUUGGAGAGGCUGCUUCAACACAUUCAGUACAUGUGUAAUUAUGAUGAGAGUAUAGAAAAGGGAAAAGAAUCAGGAAAUGCUGAUUCUGAUGAAAUCAAGAAUAAAAACAAUGAUAAAACUUCAGAAAUAGCAAAUGACUGUCCGGACAAGGGUCAGAAGAGUUCCAAGUCCUUUGUGUGGCCUGAUGCUGCUGUUUCAGCCAUAGUUUCUCUUGAAAAAGCUUCACAUGAGGCUCUAUCAACAGAUUUUCAGAAGUAUAACCAAAAGUUGCGGCAACUAGAUUUUAAUCUCAAGAACAAUGCGUUGCUAGCACGCCGUCUGUUAAAUGGAGAGUUGAAACCUUCAAAAAUGUUGAAUAUGACACCCAUUGAAUUAAAGGAGGGAUUGACUUCCGAGGAAUUAACCAAGAAGGAGCCUGAUGAAAAACAGCACAUGCAAAUGACAGAUGCCCGCUGCUCAAGAUGCGCGGAACUUAAGGUGGGCUUGAGGGAGAUUAUCCACGCUGGACACGGUGACCGUUAUCAGCUGGAAUGUGUUGCCUGUGGUAAUUCCUGGUAUGCCUCCCGGGAUGAGGUGUCUGCACUGACCAUAGACGGAUCGGAUUCAAAGAGAAGCAUAGGCACAGCGCCAUCAGCCACUGCAAAAUUUGAAGAUGUUCAGAAGAAGCUGGCGAGUCCCCGUGGAUCUGAAAACCCAGCCGAUGACAUCUCUAAGAAAACAAGUGAACCACGUAUGCCUGUUUUGGACACCCAGAAAUCAUUUGGCAAGCCCAGCAAAGAUGACAAUAUUGAGGCCAAAAGACAUGCUGAUAAGGAAUGAUCUAUGCUGCGCUCUUUAGAGUUACAAAUUAGAAUUUAUGUUCAGGCUGAAAACCAACAAAAGGUUGUGCAUGUAGAGUUCUCAUGUUUGAUCAUAGAAGAGGGUAGUGUUAGUAGUAAAUUGAUUUUGGUUUACUUUGACUCUUCAAUGGUAAACCGUUUAAACAAAAUAAAAUAAAAUGUCAUGUGCUUUUGCUUUGUCUGAUUGGAAAA